AUUUGGUAAUUUGCCCAGCGAAUGAAAGAUCUCAAAUGGCUGAAGCGAUUCCUAUAUUACUCUUGUAAACACAAGGAUCUGAACAGUGCCACGAUAGGAGUCAGGGGCAUCAUUUCCUAAAAAACUUAAGACCGGAGAGAUUCUAGACAAUGUUGGAGGGCGUAGGAGUGGUAGGGACAGGGUCCCUUGCAAGAAUCCUGAUUCCAACCUUCCAGGCCGUUGGGAUUAGGAUCGUGGCGCUGUGGGGUCCCACUCUGGAGAAAGCUGCGGAGCUAGCGAGGAUGUUCAACAUCUCCUUCCACACAGACCAGAUCGAUAACGUUCUUCUGAACCCGGAAGUGGAUCUUGUCUGCAUCAACACCCCACCUCAUCUCCAUGCCCAAGUUGCCUCGAAGGCUCUGGGCAUCGGCAAGCACGUGCUCUGCGAACGACCCGCCGGGCUGAACAAGAACGAUGCUCAUAAGAUGGUGACAGCUGCCCAGUAUUACCCAUCCCUGAUGUCCAUCAUGAACCAUUGCCUGCGAUUCUUGCCCGCGUUUAUUCGCCUCAAGCGCAUGAUCCAAGAUGGCGAGGUCGGGGAAGUCUUCUUGUGCGACGUCAAAGUGACGUGUGGGUCCCUCCUCCGUGAUAAAUACAACUGGAUGUGCGAUGAGAACAUGGGAGGUGGUGUCUUGAACACCUUCGGCUCCCAUCUCAUUGAUAUCAUCACUUUCAUUACAGGACAGAAGGCGGUCCGUGUUCGGGGCAUGUUGAAGACGUUUGUACGACAGACGGAUAAGAUCAACGGAAUCCGACACAUCACAAGCGAUGACUUCUGCUCCUUUCAGAUGGAGCUCAGCCGCCAAGUCUGCGUCUCUGUGACCCUCAACACCCACGUCCCAGGCCAGUUCAAGCAAGAGAUCCUCGUGGUGGGGUCAGAAGGUCGUCUGACCCUCCGAGAGGCAGAUCUUUACGGCCAAGUAGGUGGGAUGAGUCGGGAACAGCUACUAAUGGCAGACAUCCAGCACAUCACGGAGCGACAGAAGCAAGGCAUCCCCACCAAUCAGGUCCCGUUGCCGUAUCUCAAAGGCAUGCUGAAGCUCAUCGACGCCUUGAAGGAAUCCUUUGAGAGGAAGAAGGAGCGGUUGAGCUGGGAGCAGGAACCCGUCGCCCUGGCAGCAAACUUUGAAGAUGCGGAGUAUGUUCAAGCCGUGUUGGAUGCGAUCCGUGAAUCGAAUCGCUCUGGUGCAUGGGAACCCGUUAAUUUGUCCAAUGAUGGAGACUCGUACAAAUUCUUCCCUUGAGAAGCACAUUUUUUUUAUCUUCUGAAAUCUGAGACAAGUGUCGUGUGUAUUAAGGCC